UCGAAGGUUAUAGGUGACGCAGCAUGUCUGCCUCCUUGUGACCGUGUGUUACACGAGGAAGUCGGUAAAUAAUGGAACCAAAAUCGUUUUAAAGCGAUUUUUAAGGCGAAGGUGGCACAGACACUUGGCUGUUGCAGAGGCUGAAAAAAUUAAAUCGGCAUUUGUCUUAAGGGUGAACAGUUAUGUCAGAAGGAUCAUCUGGGGAUCCUGGCACCCCUGGGGGAUGCCGACCUUCACUGUCCAUGGGGAGAGGACUUUUAGGUAGGAGACCAUCAGUUCCUACCACUUCCAACCGACUGCCCUCCAUACGUUCCCGGGACCUCACCCUAGGAGGAGUUAAAAAGAAAACCUUCACUCCAAAUAUCAUUAGCCGCAGAGUGAAAGAGGAAUCCAAAGAUGAUGAAUCUCGGAAGAAGCAAGCAAAGGAACGAGACCGAGAUCGUCUGAGAGAAGGCAGGGGCCGAGGCCGUGGUCGAGCAAAUGUCAUCCAGUCUCACUCCAUUUUUGAGCAAGGCCCAUCAGAGAGCAUGGUCAGAAAGAGAGGAGAGUGGGACAGUACAAAAGAUGUUCCCAACAUGGGCCCUUCACCUAUCAUCAACAUUAAAAAAGAGAAGAGAGAGACUGAAGAAGAGACCAAGGAAAUUCUCCGCAUGCUUGAGAGAGACAAUUUUCUGGAUGAUCCCAGGUUGCACAAUGAUAUUCGCAGUUGCCCUGUCCAAUUGCCCCUGGCAGUUUCAGGGUGGCUUUUCAAAGAAGAAUCCAAAGAGGAGGAAGAACCUAAAGGGCAAAUGUUUAAGAAAGAGGAAGUAGAGGAUAUGGAGCUGGAGACGCCUCUUGUCAAAGUGAAACAGGAACCACUGGAGGAAAGUGUGUUGAAGACUGGACCACUUUGCAAAGCCCCUCCCCUGCCUCCAUCUGUCGGACUACCAGAACUGCUAGACAGUUGGGCCCAGUGUAAAGAAGAAGAACUUAUUUUCCUGCAUCUACCAGACUCCUUGCCUGGACAGCCACCCACUCAGGAUCAGAGGCCAGUUAAAGGUGAUGUGCAAAUGGAAGAUGGGCAGGCACUUUUGGUCAAGUCGGACAAAACUCAGGAUGUACAGCAGUUGGACAACAUGUGCUCACUAAAGGACCUAGCAGAGGGGCAGGUCGGCAAGCUUCUUGUGAGAAGAUCAGGCCGAGUACAACUUGUCUUGGGCAAAGUGUCACUGGAUGUUGCCAUUGGAACACAAUGCUCAUUCUUACAGGAGCUGGUGUCUGUGUCGGUUGGAGAGAGUCGUGUCGGUGACCUAACUGUUCUUGGACAUAUUAAACACAAACUGGUCUGCUCUCCAGAUUUUGAGACUUUGUUACAACAUAGGCAGUGAAGGAAGACUGAAAUGAGACCCUUCAGCGUUGAGGGAUGAGCGUGGUGAACUGUUUCAUGAGGACAUUUCUGAAAUGGAAAUGUGAUACCAAGGCAAGUGGAGUCCCAGUAUGCAUGCUGACUACUGCUGGACCCUUUAAGAGGGCAACCCUGAGGCCAAGAACAGCAGGACAUUGUGCACUUCUACCUUUUUAGGUGAGAGGCUCCCAGCACGUGUAAAAAUCUGUUUCAUUGUGUAUUACUUAAAAUCCUUGUGUGAUAAAAUCUGAUUAGCUGUUUAAAUUAAGGACACAAAUACUGCAAGAUUCCCCAGCAUUCCUAUAUUUAAUCACGUGACAAAAGCCAAGUUGAAUGUUAUUUAGUGGUGUUAGAGUGGUGAGAGCACAAGGUUACAACUGACUCUCCUUUAUGGAGGGCUGCUUCUAGUUCUUAUUUCUAAAGAGAGCUUUGAGCUGUUGUAGUUUGGUUUUUGCCUUGUAUGUCGAGACUGACUUUGUUUAGCAUGUUUGUCAGAUCCAUUUAUAAAUGUCAAGUUUAGUAGCCAUUAGGUUUCUAAAAUUGUUCUGCUUGUUUUCACAAUUAGAAGAAAUCAGAAACUCGAUUUGUGCAAAAAUAGACCUUCACUCCAUCAUACCAGGCAGCACAAAGUCCAUGUUAACCUGUGCCCCCCUUCUAGAAUGGAGUAAUAUAUAUGCUGCAUUGCAACACCCAGGAGCUCCUUCGUGUUUGUCCACACCAAGCUUGUCAGUGGACUUGCUGCUUAAUUUGCAGAAUGUGAAAUGAAUUCCUGGGAUGGCCCUGCCUGCAGCUGCUUUGCCACCUCUGAAGCAGGAGGCCUCCUUUUACCAGCUCUGAGGGCAUCGCCAACAAGAAGCGAGUACCUGAAGUACCUCCAUUAUCAAUUCUGAUGCCAUAUUUCGAUGGCCUGUUAACAGGUGCUUUUUCUUGGAAUGAGCUGUUGGGCUUGCAGCAGUUUGAGGUAAUUUGGAUUUGCCUUGAGUGCAGCUGUCACUUUAACUGGUGAAUCCCAUAAAGGGCAGAAUUAACACCAAGCACUUAAUUAUUUUCUCCAGUGUUAUUGAUAAGUGACCUAGCAUUUGAAAAUGUCAUUUUCUUUAAAAUAUUGUUUUCUCAAAAUAUCAAUAUGAAGUUUUCGGAACUGCUGAGUACUGACCACAAGUUUAGUCCUGGUGUCCACUGCAGCUGAAAGUUUUCAUCCCAACCAACUUCUGCUUCUAAAUGGACUAAUGCCUUAGUUAACCUCUGUGGCAUUAGCCCUGAGCGUGACUCAGGCUCUGAAUUCAGUGUUAAUACAGUUAAACCCAUGUCAGACUCGGGGUGGCGUGUAAUGAUAUGCUUUAUGGUGUUUAGCCCAAAUAAUGCUCAAGGCAGAGUUGUGCUCCCAAUUAGGGGUUGAAAUAAUGUCAGACUCCAGGAAGUCAUGAAUAUUAUGCAUUCUUUCACUUUAUGGUAACUCAUCUAAAUUAAUUAGUCGGGCGGAGCCUUCAACAUAAAACACAUUGGCAAAUGAAAGGCUUGUAAAUCCAGCUUUGGCGCAAACAAAGAAACUAAACCUCAAAACUCAAAGCAAGUGACCGUGAUGAUGAUGAUGAUGUUAAUUGGUCAUCAGACAUAGCACCAGUUUCACUAUCCAUGUCAUAUGGCACUGUACUGUAUGAUUUUUUUUUCUUGUUUUUCUGUGGGGUAAACAUAACGCAAAAAGCUGUUACUGCUCCAUUUCUACAACUUAAAGUGGGUCUGCUAGUAUUUUCUUGGAAUGUAGCUUGGUUUUUAAGGUUGUCAUGUUCAGCUUUUCCAGGUGUUCUGGUCAUUAAAGGUGUCGUUCAAGUGGAUCCUUUACUGGAGUAGCUGCGGCUUUUGACUUUCAGUGCUGUCUGUUGCUGUGUUUCGUAAUUGUAGUUAUUGGCCUAAAACUAAGAGAGCAAACGUCACAAAAAAAAGUUAAUAGCUAACAAAAUAAUUUUACAGUUAAAGUUACAGCUGGAACAUAAAUAUUUCUAAAUGUCUUAUGUAUGUAAAUCUCACACUUGGGUGUUUUCUCACUGAAAACCAUGAAGUUUGUUUUCAGGAACCAAUGAGCUAUGUUCUUGUGUUCCCACUGCACAACAAACUGUAACAUUUAUGCAAUUUAUGACAUGCAAAAAAGAGUGAUGUGUUGCAAAGUGUGACAUGAUCGAGAUACCCCUACCUUUAAAAUGAUUGCAAGUUUACAGGGGCUAUUGUUUAAAUGUAGAGCAAGGUGUGGCACUCCACCUUCAUUGACAUUUCACUAAAGUCCUACAUUUACUACGAUUACUACUAUGGUUCCUAUAUUUGUGAUCAACCAAUGAACACAAUUCAUCAUCUGUAAAAGACUCUCGAAUAAGAGCUAAAAAAAAAAAAAA